ACACUGCUUGUUGACCUUUUCGAGAAAUUUCAGCAUAUUUCAUUCUGAGGACUAUACAUCCUCGGAACCUUAUGUGGCUCUCUUAGUGUAAGACUGGUAGAACUAUUGUCUCGAAAUAUAUUGAGUGCUUUAACUACUUAAUCUUACAAGCCUUUUGUAGUAGUGAGUCUGUUGAAACUUUCAAGUUGCAGUAGCAGAAGCUCCACAGUUACUUUGUUCAUACACAGAAGCGACCUUUCAGUUAUGUAAGUCCCUUGGAAAGGAGCUGCAAAGUAAUCAAGGCUGUAACAAGUAUCAUGAAUCACGCCAAGAGUCCUUGAAGUUUAUUUUAUUAUAGUAGAUUUUGCAGUGUAAGAAAAAACAAUAAAUUUGUCACGAAGUGAAUUCUUUCCAUGCUUCAAACAAGAGCUUCCAUUGUUAUGAGAGAAAUGAAGGAAACCGUAGGAAUGAAAGGAAGAACAAUCAACUUCAAUACAUUACAAGUGCUACUGACCAUCCAUUUUUUCUUACAGAGAUUUUAUUGUUUUCUGCCUUAAGUGUACGACUUGCGGCAAUGGGUGGGUUUGGAUCGCUUGGCUUUCUAGUGCACGGCAACUUCUUGAAACGCAACAGAAACCUUAAUUCAGUUCGAGUUGUGUUUCAUAACUAUUUCUUGAGGAACGUCUGUAAGAAAAGUUGUUUUUCGGUUGGAAAAUCGUUCAGUUACAAAGCAGCCGUGCGUGCUUCGAACGACUCUGCUACACUACCGCCAGAAGUUGACUUGUUUUCUGAACAAGUUAAGCCGGAUGAAUAUACUGUACUGGGUUUAGCGUUCUGCUUCCAGCGUGACAGCAACGGAAAACUGCAAGAAUUGGUCGUCAUUGAACCAGUGCCUACUAGUACUCUCGAAACAAUACUCCAGGGAGUUCCUACAAGCUAUAAGCGACUUGUUGCCACUGUUUAUAGCAGAGCAAUGGAUAUUUCUUCGAUCCCUCCAGCCUUUGUAGAAGACGAACGAGUCUCGUUUUGCGAAAACUACAGUGAAAGACUGCAAGCGGCAACUCGUACGUACAGAGCACGACUAGAAGCAAAAAAGAUUCAACUGGGCGAAGUUUAUGUGACGAUCAACUUUUCUACUAGUCCAAAGCGUGUAUUAAACGAAAAAUUUGAGCCGUCUUUUGAAGACAACGUAAAGCAGGAUAUUAGUAUCGACGUCUAUGGUAGGAAGAAAGAUGAGGAAGUGAAGAGUGAGAUCGAGAAGCUAUAUAAUGCGUGACUUCAAGAGAGCUCGUUUCCAUCCUGGAAAGUUUUCUUUGUAAAAAUAAUAAAAUAACUGGUUGCAGCGUCAUCGAGCUCCUGUAGUGCUUGUACAGUUUCACUUCAGUACCUUAUAUUUAUGUUGUUGUAAGUUACAAUGAGAAUCUUUCCUGGGGGU